GUGGUGGGUGGUGUUUUUAUGGAUUUAUUUCUUUGAUAAACAUAGUUAUUGUGCUUAAUUAUCAAAAUAUAAUACCACUCCAACAUUCUAUUCUGUUUAUCUAGACAAAUUCAAGCUUAUGCUUCUCGUAAUAUGUCAACGUAAGCUCUCAAUUUAAAGUUACAUGAUCUUAGCUUGUGAUACAGUAACUCAAACUGAAAAUGGAGGCAUCCAAUAACACUGACGCCGUGAAUCUUGGCGUUGGUGAAGUUGAGGCCGAAAUAGGAGAGGAAUUGAAACAGCUCGAAGAAGGAAAAGAUUAUGAUACACGCAGCGAAGUAUCCAGCUCAUCUUCAAGUGAUUCAAGCUCUCCAAGCAUAAGUACCGCCAGUUCGAAGUCAAAAGAAAGACGCGCAAAUCGUAAACGUACCAAGUCAGAAAGCCAUUCUCCGAUACAAACUAAAAGGACACGCAUUACAGCCGCCAACAAUAAAACAAAGACCUAUGAUUACAUGACAAAACUGAAUUAUUUAUUCAGAGAUACAAGAUUCUUUUUAAUUAAGUCAAAUAAUGCUGAAAAUAUUACACUAUCCAAAGCUAAAGGUGUGUGGUCAACUUUACCACAAAAUGAAGCAAAUUUAAACCAGGCUUAUAGAGAGUCAAGAAAUGUGCUCUUAAUAUUUUCAGUGAAAGAAAGUGGUAAGUUUGCAGGAUUUGCGCGUCUGAGCAGCGAGUCCAGAAGAGAUGUGCCGCCCAUAUCCUGGGUACUGCCGCCAGGAUUAUCUGCGAAAGUACUGGACGGGGUAUUCAAAGUUGACUGGAUCUGCCGCAAGGAGCUGCCAUUCAGUAGCACUCUGCAUUUGUACAACCCUUGGAAUGAAGGCAAACCUGUAAAAAUUGGACGUGAUGGUCAAGAAAUUGAGCCAAAAGUUGCUGAAGAAUUAUGCAGAUUAUUCCCAGAAGAUGAAGGUAUUGAAAUGACACCAAUACUCCGUAAGUCUAAAGAGGCAUCUAAAAAAGCUUACUUAAAGAGUGGUGGCAAUUAUAGAACAUAUAGAGCCCCACUGCUGACAAGAGGUUCUAAUUUUCGAGCAAGGCUGAACACAUCAUCUAGGAGCAGGCGUAAAAUUUUUAUGCCGCCAAGGAACAGACUAUCAUCUGGUUCAUACAAAAGAAGGUCUCCAUCACCAUACAUGCGUGAUAGGCUGCCCCUGUGGUUUACACGCGGUCGAGACAGCUACAGCAGCAGUAGCUCAGCAGCAGCAGAGGCAUAUGUGGCUGAGUAUAUGCGAUCUAUGCAUCAUCAGCUCCCACCGUUGCCAUAUGUGCCUCCUCCAGGAUUCAGUGGCGCACUUGCCUCAUACGAUGGUCUGCCUCCACCACCCCCGCCGCCUCCGCCACGCUACUAUGACGCGCCGUUAGCGGAUUAUCCCCGAUCAGUGCUAGUGUAUGAUAAGAGGUCCUAUGAACGUUCAGUGGAUGAGUUUCUGUGGCGCACGUCUGACCGUUCGCGCGGUCGUAGCCGCGAUCGUGACUCCCACAGAUCUUAUCGUGACCGACGGUAAAGCCUGUAUCACCACCGAUGUAUUAAAUAAUUAAUUAUUACUAAUAAAUAAAAAUUGUGUUUGAA